AAAAGUUGGUUCCUUGUCUUCUCCUUUCCCACGGUUGAUCUCAGAUUUUGACCUGGGGUCCAAACCUUGCAGUGUGAUGGAAGAAGGGCUUAUGGAGUUAAAACACCUCAAACAGGGAAACAUUUUGAUUUGCUUAUGAAAUGAAGAAAAAGUUGAGGAAUCUCCAUUUGGGUUGUUGACACGAGAGUCAACAUUUUCGGGGUCAAUCUUCGAUGAUUUCUCUGAGGACUUUCAUGUGAUUGGGAAAGCAAAGAAAAUAGAUCCUGGUAGCAUAAUCAUCCUAGUAGUCGAAUGGAUGCAUUGCAGACUAUUGCUUCUGCCACACAAAUAGUGUCGGGUAUGGUAGGUGCUGUUGCUGCAUUAGAACAAGCAUCAAGGAAUCUUGAUGAAGCCCCAAAGAGAGUUCGGAGCUUAGAGGAGUUUGUGCGCGAGCUUGAAAGCUUGACUCACCGAAUUAAGCAAAAACACGUCCACAAACUCCAUAACUCUCAACUGGAGCGCCAAAUUCAAAGUCUGAAUGGACUUACAGAACGGCUGCAUCCGAAGAUUGGCAAGGCUAAGAGAAUGCUAACAAAGAGUAAGACUAAGAACUUGGCUAAAGUAGUAUGGGGUUCUAUGGUUGGUGACCCACUUGGGAAACUAGUGAACUCAAUUAAGGAUGACUUGAAUUGGUGGCUAGAAUCUCAGAGGCUGGCCCACAAUGUUGAGAAGGCCAUAGAAUCAACUGCUCAAGCCGUCCCAGCUCAAUUGAAAAUCAAGAGUGAACAAGGCUAUCCAGUUUCUAGCAAAUGUAGUUAUGUUAGGAAUUUACUUGAACAAGAAGGUUCUCGUCGAGUCAUUUUAAUCGUUGGGCUAUCUGGUAUUGGGAAAUCAUGCUUGGCUCGACAAGUGGCUUCUGAUCCUCCCAAGAGAUUUGUGGGAGGAGCUGUUGAACUUGGAUUUGGGCAAUGGUGCAGUAGAUCUGCUUGCAAUGGAAGUAAGGCUGAGUACCAAAGGCGCUUGGCAAGAAAAAUUUCUAGGUUUCUGGUGCAGAUUGGAUUUUGGAAGAAAAUUCAGGAUGAAAACAGUGGAGAUCUUGAUUAUAUGUGUUGCUUACUUCAAGAAGCCUUGUAUGGAAAGAGUAUUCUUGUUGUUCUUGAUGAUGUGUGGGAGCAGGAUAUAGUUGAGCGGUUUGCUAAAUUAUAUGACAAUGAUUGCAAGUAUGUUGUAACAACAAGAGAUGAGGCUGUCUAUGAAAUAACAGAAGCAGAGAAGGUAGAGCUAAGCAAAGAUGACAUAAGAGAGAUUAGCAAGGCAGUUAUUCUCUACCAUAGCCUCCUUAGUGAAAAAGAAUUACCGGAUGUAGCAGACAAAUUACUUGAUCGUUGUGGCCACCACCCUCUGACAGUUGCUGUUAUGGGUAAGGCUCUGAGGAAAGAAAAGAGAGUCGAGAAAUGGAAAAAAGCCAUCACCAACUUAUCUACAUUUGCCACCUGUGCACCAGGCCCAGUAUCAUAUGUAAAUGAAAAAGAAGCUGAGAAUACGUUGACCAUUUUUGGGUCGUUCAAAUUCAGUCUAGAUGCGAUGCCUGGAGAGUCUAGAAACCUCUUCAUAGCUCUGGCUGCUCUUUCAUGGGCAGAACCUGUGCCGGAAUCAUGUGUAGAGGCUAUUUGGUCAGUUCUUGGGCAGGAAAGCUUGUUCCCUCUUAUAGUUUGCAAGCUUGUUGAAGGUUCUUUGCUUAUGAAAACCGAAACAGAUCCAUUGUACUUGGUUCACGACAUGGUUGCUCUUUACCUUGAUAGCAAGACAAAUGAUUCAAUAGAGAUGCUACUAAAAGAAUCCAAACCGGAAGAAACUGCAAAUAUCUGCCCUUGGCUUCUUAUAUUUGGGAAAGAGAAUGUAAAAAGUGUUUCUGAGCAGAGAAUAGUGCACUUCCUUGGUGCUGAGGAAAAGCAGGCGAUUAUCACCUUAAAAGCCAUUAUCCAGGCUCUAAUGGCUAGCAAAUCUAUUUCUGAACUGGAAGCCAGCAGAGCAAGCUUUAGUAGCAUUCUGGGUCCUAGGAUUUCGAACAUUAUUUUAACUGGGUCAGAGAGUCUAAUUGCAGUCUCUGCAGAAGCCAUCAUGAACAUAUUCAGUAAGAGCGAUUACUGCAAUUAUUUUCCAUCAGUUGAAGCUACAGGUUCAGUCAGCAAGUUGGCAAGCAUCUUAGAAGAUUGUGAAGACCCCAUGAUUCAAACCAACAUUUCAAUUGUUCUUGCAAAGCUUGCAGAAUUUGGAAGUCUAGAGACAGUUGACGAAGUACUGCAAAGAAUUCCAUUUAAUCGAAUGACUGAGUUGCUUUCUCCAAAUGCUGAGGAAUGGCAUGAGAGUAUGUUUACUAUAUUGAUGUCUUUGACCAAGGCUGGAAAAUCGAAAGCUGUUCAGAGAAUGUUUGGCUUUGAAAUUGACAAAAGUCUUCUUAAACUUAUGGAGAAUGGAUCUGAAGUAGCUCAACACCAUGCUAUUGUCAUAUUGAAGACAUUUUAUGAGUUGGGAGGUCCUCAAGCCAAUGGUUCUCUUCAACCGACAAAUCUAAAUCUUUUGCCAUGGCAAGUUAGACUUCGUCUAGAGACUUUUGUUUUAUCAGAUAGAAGAGUUCCUUUUUCACCAAAGCAUCACUCUUUCGAGGAUCUUAUCCAUAAGGUGGUUGCUGGUGAUAGCAAGCAAGUGUUGGAGGCAAUGCAAGAUCUUAUACCAAUCAUCGAAAAAGCAGGAGAAUCGAGUAUUAGAAACAGGAUUCUGAAAAGUCCACUUAUCAAGCGAUUAGGUGAACUUCUGCAACGGGGACACCAUGAAGAAAGCUCGACAAAAUCUCAAUCUGUCUUUUUAUUAAUGAAGUUGGCCUGUUCUGGUGGAGAACCCUGCACUAAGAAGUUUCUGGAAUAUGACAUCAUACCCGAGCUAGUUAUGAUGAUGCAAAACAGUAGUACAGAGUUACAGGAUGCUGCCUACACAGCACUUCACCAGAUGCUAUUUGGCAGUGGUGGUGUCCUUAUCUUGAACCGAAUUCUUCACAUGGGUCUUGUAGAGAGAAUGGUUCAAUCACUGGAAAGCAAGUCGACAAAGACGAGGGAAGUGAAUGGGCAAUGCCUUUUGGAUAUUGUUCAGCUGGGAAAGAAGGCCUGUUUAGAAAGGAUGUUUGCUGCACAAGUGGUUGAAAAACUUGUGAAGUUGGAAAAGUCUGAUGGAGGAAAUGGUGGUUAUCUUGUUGAAUUUCUCAAGGGAAUUGAUAGAUGUAAGCACCUUUCAGUGGCGGAGCGUAGGGUGAUGAAGCAGCAAGUUAUUAGGAAGGUAAGGGCUGCCAUGAAAGGGCAUAAAUUUGAUUAUCAGAUUUUAGAAGCAUUGGAUGCUUGUGUAUCCGAGGGUUCAAAGAGUGGGGGUAGUGGUAGCGGUGGUGGUGGUAGACAUAGAAAGUAGUAACACCCCUUUCUUAGUUAGAGCUCACAUUGUAUUGAUAUUUACCUCUUUAAAUUACAAGAAGCGAAUUCAAUUA